AUGGCAAAGGAGAACUGUAAGGGAAAAAUUAUAAUAUGCGGAGAUAUCAACGGUAGAGUUGGUAUUUCACAGGAUAAUAAUGGAGUUGUGGGCAAAUAUGGUGAAGAUAAGAAGACAAAUAAUGGAAAUAGACUUAUUGAAUACUGCAGAGUGAACGACUUAAUAGUGACAAAUACUUUCUAUGAACAUAAGGAUAUUCAUAAGUAUACAAGACAGGGACCAAAAAGAGAAGAUAGAUCAAUUAUAGAUUACAUAGUCGUGGAGAGGGAUAGUAGGAGAGAGGUGAAUGAUGUGAGAGUAUACAGGGGAGCUGAAUUAGGAACCGAUCACUACAUGUUGGUUGCGAGAAUGGUAGAAGAGGAUGAGGGAGGGAAGGUCGAAAAACAAAAUGAAAGAUGUUAUGAACGGAUUAAAUAUUAUAAGCUAAGAAAACGUGUGAUUGCAGAGAAGUACAGAACAAAAUCUGAUCUCUCCUCAGGUGCGAAUAAAUCUUUCGCCUUUUACUACAGAACAAAAUUAGAAGAAGAACGUUCAAGGGUAGAUGUAGUCAACUGUAACUGGAGGCUGGAAGAUUUGUGGGUCGACUUCAAGACAAAAGUAUUGGCAACAGCAAAGGAGGUUUGUGGAAGUGUAAGAGUCAAAGGAAAAAGGAAAUAUACUUCUUGGUGGAGUGAGGACAUUAAAAAAGAGAUUAAAUGCAAGAAGAACAGAUGGAAAGAAUACUUAAGAGAAAGAACUGAGGAAAGUUAUAUGAGGUACAAGGAAAAAAGAAAAAAAGUUAAAAAAAUGAUCAAGAGCAACAAGGAAAAGAACUGGACUGAUUUUGGGGAUAAAAUGGAAAAAUAUGCUAAUGAGAACAAAAAAUUAUUCUAUAGAAUGUUAAAAAAUACGAAAAAGAAAAAGGGAUUAGAACAAAUAACCAUAAGAAACAAACAAAGGGAAUUACUGACAAGUGAGAAGGAAAUCAUUCCCAUGGGAAGAUGGAGAGAGUAUUUUAUAGAACUCUUGGAAGGAAACGAUAGAUAUGUCAUGCCUGAGGAAGCUGUCGGAAAGGAUGCUCGAACAAACACUGAUGAAGGCCAUAUAAUUAUAGAGGAAAUUAACGAAGCAUUAAAUAAUAAAUAA